AAAUAGCUGAAAACACGGCACUCCUCCUCAUGCUCUUCCACGUGCGAGCCUGGAAUUUGUUAAGAACAGAAGGUCUUCGAUUUGGUUCAACAAUGGCUAAAAAAUCAACAUUUUUCGAUAUCAAAAUUGGUGAAAAACCAGCCGGCAGAAUUGUUAUGGAGUUGAGAGGAGAUGUUGUUCCAAAAACUGCAGAGAAUUUCCGUGCCCUUUGUACUGGAGAGAAGGGAUUUGGAUUCAAAGGGUCAUCAUUUCAUCGUGUGAUUCCUGGUUUCAUGUGCCAGGGUGGCGACUUCACAAAUCACAAUGGCACUGGCGGAAAGAGCAUAUAUGGCAACAAGUUUCCAGAUGAGAACUUCAUUCUGAAACAUACUGGACCAGGUAUUCUGUCAAUGGCAAAUGCAGGUCCGAACACAAAUGGAUCACAGUUCUUCCUUUGUACAGCAAAAACUACAUGGCUGGAUGGUAAACAUGUGGUAUUUGGAUCAGUUACAGAUGGUAUGGAUGUUGUAAAGGCAAUUGAAGCAGUUGGCUCCCAGGACGGCAAGACCAAGCAAAAGGUGGUCAUCUCAAACUGUGGAGAGCUGUAAAUUCAAACAGCAGAGGGAAAAGAAAAUACAAUGAUUCUGUGCACAUAAUUAUGUACAUCUUAUUGUGAUCAAAAACCAGUUAUUAAAGUGCUCAUUUUAAUUCUAAUAGAGCUAAUGAACUUCAUACCUCAUGAAAUUACGUACAUUUGUUCUGAGCUGUUCUGUUGAUCAUGAAUAUGAUUGUGUCUUUGUUCAGAAAAUUUAGUUUUUGCCUUUUUAUAGAUCAAAGGGCAUCACAUUUCUAAAUGUGUUCAGGAAUCGGGUAUAAAAAUGUUAGUCUUGAGUGAACUAAAAAAUGAAAUUGUGUAUAUAAAAAUGCUAUUUAGUAGGAAAUGUGAUAUUAAAAAAACUAGACUUAAGAAAACUAAAAAACUGAUGUCAGUAUUUUUAAUAAGAUUACAAACAGACAUAAAGGAUUAUAUUUACAAUGUUAUGUUUGUUUAUGGCUUAUAACAACAAAGAUUUCAUAAGUUGUUCAUACGAUCAUAUAUAUGAAGGAUUAGAUAAAAAAAAAGAACUAUGUCUGAAUUGCUAAAAUAAAAUAAAAAUCACGAGGAGAAA